AUGGCUUCGACUAUGGCCACCAACAGGUCGACCGUUCAUAAUAAUGUUCGCACUAAUCCUAUCGGUACAUCGACUCUUAAUGGCGACCGAACAAACUCUACACACAACACAGGCAUGGGUAACGGCUUUCCAGCCAGCAAAGACCGCUGGAACAACAACAUAUGGUCGAGAAAUACUUUCAGCUCUGAUAGUGAGUCCGAGGGCACCGUGACUAGAGAGAACGCUUUCCAGGGGAAGUCUGGCUCGAGUUCACUAUUGGCAGCAUCAGAAUCAGAUGGCUGGGCAGGCCGUGCCAGCCUUCCAUGGAACACGGUUGGCUCCGCGACGUCGUUGGGCAUGAAUCAAAGUAACAGCAUCAAGACUUCUCCGAUCGAAACCCUUGCCGGGGAUCGAAGCGCUCCUGCAAGAGCCGAAAAUGGAGAUAACAAUUCAUACUUCUCCCUCCCUCGCACUAAUGCAAUUGGCCAUAACAACAGUGCGUCGGCUUCUAAGGCUUAUCUGGGUCCGAAUGGAGAUGGUUAUUCUGUACCUACCACCGAAGGAUUGUCGCUUGGUAAUUUCGGGAACUUCAGGAAUGACGACCAGAAGCAAUAUAACUCGUUCUCCACUAACACAACCACUGGUGGGUUCCAACGCAAGUCAAGUUUGGUUCCAAAUGCCCGCGAUACCUCACGUUCUGAAGAUGUCCUUGGAUCUAUGGGCGUCGGUCCGUUUUCACACGUCGCAUCGGAGUCGAUCUCUGCCGGAUCGACGCGUCAAAACACUUUUUCUCAUAUUUCUCAGAAUUCCGGUUCGACGAGCACAGCUUACCACCCUUAUGAAGCUCACGGCCUUGGACCGCGACUAUCUAGUGGGCAGCUUGAUAUCACCGCUGGUUUGAACCAAUUGCAGCUAAACGAUGGUCAACCCCUCGCGGGAUACCCAAAUGCCCAGCGUAAUGCUUACCAGGCUCAGGAAUCUUUUGACCGCUUUAAUAACCACCUGGCAACCGAUGAUGUCCAUUACCAGGACAUGUCGAACUACGAAUCUGAGUUCCCAAAUGAAUUCCCUCUCGCAUCAUACCAGUCCCUUUCACGGUUAGGUGAUCGUGAUGCAUCUCCUACUGGCGAUUUCACACGGGGACUCGGUGGUUCCUUCUACCCGAGUAUUAGGACGCCUCCUGUAGCAAAUAACCAGCUCCGUCCCUCAUCCGGUCACCGCCUGCCUGGACAAAUCAGCGACGGACAAGCAGCUCUCUUGGAUCGCAGGUUGCGAGGCUUACAGCAGGAGCAAGACCUUAACCACGUUGCAGGUGCGGCUAUGCAACAGCGCCUUUCAUUCCCCAGCAGUUAUGAAUUGUCUGGUUAUUCGGCUAGUCGCUUGAAUGGCUUUUCUCCUUACUUGCAAAUGCCGUACAAUGCCCUCCCAUCUGCAAUUGUGCAACGUGUUCCACACCGUGAGCCCGACCCUAGCCAAGUCGUCCGCAGUCCUCUUCUCGAGGAAUUCCGUACCCACAAUAAGUCGAACAAGCGGUACGAGCUGAAGGAUAUCUAUGACCAUAUAGUAGAAUUCAGCGGGGACCAGCAUGGAUCCCGGUUUAUCCAACAGAAACUCGAGUCGGCCAAUAGCGACGAGAAGGACCAAGUUUUCCGCGAGAUUCAGCCAAACUGUUUACAGCUUAUGACUGAUGUCUUUGGGAACUAUGUCGUGCAAAAGCUGUUCGAACAUGGCAACCAAUCACAGAAGAGAGUCCUAGCCAACCAGAUGAAGAGUCACAUUCUGGCCUUAUCGACCCAGAUGUAUGGCUGCCGUGUUGUUCAAAAGGCUCUGGAGCACAUUUUGACUGAUCAACAAGCGGCCAUGGUCAAGGAGCUCGAGAACAAUGUGUUGAAGUGCGUCCGUGAUCAGAACGGCAACCACGUCAUUCAAAAAGCCAUCGAGCGCGUUCCGUCCCAGCACAUUCGUUUCAUCAUCAAUGCUUUCAAGGGUCAGGUAAACAAACUAGCGACUCACCCUUACGGCUGUCGGGUCAUCCAGAGGAUGCUAGAGCAUUGCGAAACACCAGACCGUGAAUCAAUCCUUGCUGAACUUCAUGUCUGCACAGAGACUUUGAUCCCUGAUCAAUUUGGCAACUAUGUCAUUCAGCACGUGAUUGAGAACGGGGAAGAGAAGGAUAGGUCCGUCAUGAUUUGCGCCGUCAUCAAGAAUGUGCACAAUUUUUCCAAGCACAAGUUUGCUAGUAACGUUGUGGAGAAGAGCAUCGAGUUCGGCGAAGAAAGUCAGCGACGAGAAAUCAUCAGACUCCUGACAACUCACAAUGACCGUGGCGAGAGCCCGCUUUUGGGGCUCAUGCGCGAUCAGUACGGAAAUUAUGUCAUUCAAAAAGUUCUUGGCCAAGUCAAAGGCUCGGAACGAGAGAUGAUCAUUGAUGAGAUCAAACCAUUGCUUAGCCAAUUGAAGAAGUUUAGCUAUGGUAAACAAAUCGUGGCCAUUGAGAAACUCAUUAUCGAUCCCAAUGCUCCGACUGUGGCUGCAAAUUCGUCCACGCCGCCUGCAUCUCACAAGUCUUCGCCGCAGCCUUCUCGCAGGUCUCUUGCUGAUAUGCGAUCAUUAGUCGGUGGUGCGGCUCCGCCAACACCUCCACCCACAGACACUCAAAGUCUUCAUGGCGGCUCUGCUACCGAUGGAUCGGUCGAUGGGCCUGUUGAUAAUUCCAAGGGUCUGGCUACCACUUCUAUUGCUGCCAUUCCUGAUUCUACUGUUGCCAAUCAGACUGGGGCUGAGGUCGGCGUUUCUUCUGAGUCACAAGCAUAA